UCCGGCGCUCACAUGUGCGCUUACUUGGUUCAAGUGCUUUUUGCUGAUGAAUUUAGAUUUUUAAUAUCCAACUAAAGCUUGUUUGCGGCGGACGUGUGUGUGGACGCGAGUGCGCCCAAUCAUAAUAAAAUAAAUACAUACUUACAACAACCACAUAGCAAUAAAUAAAUAAAAUAUUUAACAAUACGGACACGCAAUGUCCAAGUGGCGGACAAGUGGGCACUUUUCGGUUCGCAUUUGUGAUUUGUUAUAAAAUUUUUGUUUUUGUUGUUAUCAAUUAUGGAGUGAAAAGUUGCACAAAAGAAAUUACGAAAAAAAGUGUACGGGAUUAUUUGAAAAUACAUAGAAAAAAGACUUUCUAAGUUUAUUGAUACAACAACAACAACACGGAAAAUCGUGGUAAAUGCAAAGAAAUUGGAAAAAUGAAACAACAAAAGUGUUUAAAGCGAAUUGUGUGUUAACGAAUUUGCGCAAAGUUGUUGUAAUUUCAGGAAAAUUGUGAAACGGAUUAAAAAAAAAUAUUUAUUAUAAAAUAUUUUAAAAGAAAUUUUUCCAUAAAAUUAUAAAACAAAAAUUGUAAGUGUUUUUGUUGUACAACAAAAAAAUUUACUUUUAUGAAAAACCAAAAAAAAAUGUUAAAUUCUGUUUUUCCAAAAAAAUUUAUUUUAGUGUAAUUUUUACAAAAAAAAUUUUGUUAACUUUUAAUUUAUGAAAAUAUUUAUAAAAAGUACCGUUACAUGCAAUAAAGAAAAAAUACUGGAAUCAAUUGUCAACUGUGUAAAUGUCAAAAUUUGAGCGAUAAUCGUGUUUAUUGCUAGGAAAUGUGCAGUUAAAACAACACAACGUUUCCGCACGCCCCUCGCUUGUGUGUGCGCCAAUAACGGUUCUUGCCUGGAAGACCAACAAAAGGUAACAGGCAAAUAAAAAAACGUGAAAAAGUGUGUUUAGUAGCUAAACGCUUCCUCUUUACAAAAAACAACAACAGCAACAAAAAAAUCAAAAUACCAAUAACAACAACAACCAUAAGCGGUAAGUGCUUGAAAGAGUGGCUAGCCAACGCACGCGUCAUCCGCAACAUUAGCCAGCUGUCGGGCAAAUAUUUGGACAGCACACACACAUACAUACAUACCCGUACAUAUAUGCAUCGAUUGUAUACAUAUGUAUGUAUAAGCACACGUGCGAAUGUGCCAACGUAAGUGACGCGAACGUGACACGAAUGUGAUUAGUGAGCGCUACCGUGAAACAUUAGACCAAAAUACAACAACAACAAGAACUAUAACUAGCGGACAACCGCAAUUUGCAUAGCUGCCACACGCAAGCCAAUAAAUAAUACAUACAAACACACAUACACACCCACACACGUAUAGAAACACUCAACAUGCAAGCAUCACCAGCGUCGCCGGGCGCCUCGCCGCCAGAUUUCGAUUUCAAUCUGCCGUGUCGCUACUUCAAAAGCUCCUUCGCGCGCUCGCUCUCCAUGUAUAACGGUGCUGGCGGUGGCGGUGGCGGCGGCCCGGGCGGCGCUAAUGAUAUGCAGUGCAAGUCGUUGGAUUUCGAUAUCGGGCAGUAUCGCAAAAUUAGCGCUUUUAAUGGCAACAACAACAACAACACUAACAGCAUAAGCAACAACAAUGUCAAUAUAGAGUGCAACAGCCUGGAGUGUCCACCUUUGCCGCAGCGCCGACAAGUGGCAACCACAGCGGCUGGCAAGAAUGAGGCCAACAACAGCAACAACAACAACGGCAGCUGCAGCAACAAUGUUUACUUAGAAAGCGACGCCAGCAGCGAUGAGCCGGCCGAGGAGGAUGCCAAGCCGCCAGCAAUACCGGCGCGCUGUCCCAUUGUUGUCGCCAAAUCAAAGUCAGCCGGCGCGUUGAAUGUGCAGCAGCAACAACAACAACAGCAGCAACAAAUGUUGGCACAAUUCAGGCAUGCGGCGAUUGCCGAGAAUGCGAACGCAAGCGGGAAUGCGGUUGGCAACGCAGCCACAGCCGCCAUUCAUGGGAAUUUUAACAGGCCAAUUAAUCACAACACAUUGCCGCCACAGCAACAACAACAACAACAGCAGCAGCAGCAACAACCGCAGCAACAAUUGAAUGGAAAGGCAAUUAGCGCUAGCAACACCAACAACAACAACCAUGAAGAUGCGCUAGGCGGCUCGAGAGCUGGCAGAAGCCGCUGCAACAGAAGGAAUGUUUGGCCUACAGACCGCGUUGACUCGCAGCAGCAACAACAGCACUAUCCAUUACAACAACAGCAGCAGCAGCAGCAACAGGAUGACAAUCUCAUGUUCGCUGUUGAGGAUGAAGAUGACAUUAACAAUGUCGACGAUGGUGGUAAUGCCGCCGCCAUAUCGAAACCACCUGUGGCUGCCACACGUUCAACGCUAACGGCUCAUUAUGCAGCUGGCGCAAAGCCGCCAGUUGCCGCGCGCACCACACCCGCCGCCUGCAUCGAACAGCGCCUGCCCGCCUUUAAGGCACACAGCGACAACACGGCCAAUGUGCAGGUGGUGUUGUUGCAAAAUCAAGUGGACACACUACAAUGGCAAUUGAAGCAGGUGGAAACAAGUAAUGAGAUGUAUCGUGCUGUCAUCGAAGAGAUCGCACGUUUCCUUGAUCGUUAUCAAACGCAAAAACAACAACAACGCCAAUUACAACAACAGCAACAGAUAUCCCGUUCCAAGAGUCUCUACCAAGUCUACGAUGGCAACAGCGCCGGCGAAGGUCAUGAACAAAGCGCCAGCGGUGUUGCUGUCUUUGGAGAUAAAUCAAUAAGCACAUCUUCUGCGUGUUUGCGCACGCGCAGCACCAGCAACCUGAUCGUAGACCUCAAGCAAUCGGCCAUACACAAUGGCAACGCCACAAAAUCAGGUGGCGCCAACAUGAAGCAUAGCAGUCUGGCCACAGCAGCAGCAGAUAAGCGGAGUUAUGAUGCCAUUAACACAACCAACAACAAUACAUACACAACAUUCAAGGACUUUACCUGGCGCCGUUCACCCAAAAAGUAUGCCGAGUCCAAAGCUCAGGCCGCCGCUGAUGAUCUUGAGGAAAAACUCAACCAGGAAGCUUUUCGUCUGUCGCGCACCAUACACAAUCUACUCAACACAUCUACACGUCAACCGGAUUUAACGCAACACCGUAACGCCGCGUCCGCGUGCAACAAUGCACUGCAUACGAAAGUGGCGAAACCCACAACAAUACCGACCAACAUACCGACAACACUCAUUACACCUGCUCAAAACAAUGCGAGCAACAAAAUGAAUGCCACAGCUGCUGCGGACAAGCACAACAGUCGCAACGUCCCAGCCGCCGCCACCAACUCGCUUGCCAACGCCACUGCGGAUAUGCUCUUCCUGCGCGCCAACAACAUACGCGACUCGCGCCUAUCGUUGCGUAGUUCCACUGAUAGCUCUGUACAUUCCACCACCUCCAAUUCGUCUGCGGUGUCCACCUCAUCCUCUUCGGCAGCUUCGACUUCAUCGGGCAAGGUGGAAACGGACGAAGAUGUCACACUACAUCAUCCCUUCCAUCCGAUUGCGCUGUCGUCAUUCAAACAGCACCAACAUCCGCUCAGCUCAGCCACCGAAGACGAGAGUGGCUUCAGUUCGAUUAGCUCAUUUCAGGAUAUCGGUUUACCGCUGUGCUCCACAAUGAUUUCGAACGGCACAUCCACACCGAAUCGCUUAUCGUUGGCCAGCGUCAAAUUGGACUCAACCAGCUUGGGCAAUGGCAACGCUGCGACCGUUGCUGGGCUGUGUGAUGUCGAGCCGCGCGAAUACGCGUGCGAUAGCCGUAAUUCGACCUUGAAAGCCAAUCAUCCCGGCAAUGUGCUGGGCGUACCACUGCAAGCUACACACGACAUGCAACACCGUUGGGACACAACAUCGAAAACUAGUUAUCGCAACGCCAACAAGUAUCAGCGUUUCUCCACGCUCUCCAAUGAGGAGGCGUCCGCUGUACUUUGGGUGUAGGAACGCGCAAAUCGGCCUCAAUUCUACUUAGUGCAUUUAAUUUAUUAAAUGUUUCUUUUAGUAAAGAAAUCGAAAGAAGCACAUACAUACACAUACAUAUAUAGUAGAUAUUUAUAAGUAUAUUUAACUUGGUUUCAUUUCGGCGAAUUUUAAAGGAAAUUUUAA